UUAUGGCUUUAAUUAAUAGGAACUUUAUUGUAAAAGCUGAAAAAUUGCAUGAAAUGAAUAUAUUAUUGUUUAGAAACAUAGUUUUAACCAUGCGCAAACAAUAUCGUAUUCGUUUGCCUCAACGUUUUCAAUGUGUCCUUCAUCAGCAACCUCAAUCACAAACAGCAAUCACAUCAGCAUUGACAUCGAAUACUGUGUGUCAGAAUAAUCCAUCUAAUCCAUCGAUAUUGAAUAAUAAUCAUAAUCAUAAUCAUAACAAUAAUAAUAAUAUGAUGACGACAAAACCGAAAAACAAUGUAUGUCUUAUCGUUAUCGAUGGCUGGGGAAUAUCGGAUAUUCAACAUGGUAAUGCUAUUGCCAAUGCUGAUACACCAGUAAUGGAUUCAUUGGCUAAAAACACUGAUCAAUAUGUUACAUUGGAUGCAUCCGGCUUAGCUGUUGGUUUACCCGCUGGUCUUAUGGGUAAUUCAGAAGUUGGCCAUUUAAAUAUUGGCGCCGGUCGUGUCAUAUAUCAGGACAUUGUUCGUAUUAAUUUGGAUGUAGAGAAAAAAAUGAUUGGUCAGAAUGCAAAUUUUGUUGGAGCUUGUGAACGAGCUAAAUCACAGAAUGGUCGACUUUUACUCCUCGGUUUGGUCAGCGAUGGUGGUGUUCAUGCUCAUAUUGAUCAUCUUUUUGCAUUGAUUGAAGCGGCCAAAAGCAAUGGUGUACCGAAAACAUUUGUUCACUUUUUCUCUGAUGGCCGUGAUACUAGUCCGACCUCCGGUGUUGGUUAUGUUCGUUCCGUAUUAGACCGUACGAAACAAUUAUCAUAUGGAUCAUUAUCAACAAUAAUGGGACGUUAUUAUGCAAUGGAUCGCGAUAAACGAUGGGAACGUAUUCGUGUUGCUGUCGAUGGUCUUAUCGAUGGUGUCGGUGAAACGGCCACUGUCGAUAAUGUAAUAGAAUGUAUUGAAAAUAAUUAUAAAAACAAUGUAACCGAUGAAUUUCUUAAACCAAUCAUUGUUGAUCGUGAAGGUCUUAUCCAAAACAAUGAUACGUUAAUAUUUAUCAAUUAUCGGGCCGAUCGUGUUCGUCAAAUCACCGAAACAUUAGGCAUACGACAGAAUUUCGAUACACCAAAAGAAAAUAUGCCGAAAAACAUUGAAAUCAUAACGAUGACUGAAUAUAAGAAAGAAUUUCCAUUCAAACAACUUUAUCCACCUGGAAUACCGAAAAAUGUUUUGGCAGAAGUAGUUAGCUCGGCACAAUGGCCACAAUUUCAUACGGCAGAAACGGAAAAAUAUGCGCAUGUAACAUUCUUUUUCAAUGGUGGCCAAGAGAAAGAAUUUCCCGGUGAAGAUCGUGUUAUGGUUCCAUCUCCUAAAGUAGCUACAUAUGAUUUACAACCAGAAAUGAAUUGUGCUGGCGUAGCGGAUGAAAUGGUCAAAGCAAUGGCUUUGAAAAAAUAUCCAUUUGUUAUGUGCAAUUUUGCACCACCCGAUAUGGUCGGCCAUACGGGUAAAUAUGAACCGGCUGUAAAAGCUUGUAUGGCUACGGAUAAAGCAAUCGGUGUUGUGAAAAAAGGUUGCGAAGAAAAUGGCUAUGUUUUAUUGAUCACAGCAGAUCAUGGUAAUGCUGAAAAAAUGUACGAUGAUAAUGGUGGCCCAUUAACAUCACAUACGACAAAUAGGGUGCCAUUCUCUAUGUCAAAUACAACCAUGAAAUUCAAUGGUGGGGGUCAUAAUGCAGCAUUAUGUGAUGUUGCACCAACCGUACUCGAUCUACUUGGUUUGCCAAUUCCUACCGCUGAUAUGACAGGAAAAUCAUUGUUAGCCGCUUAAGCAAAAAUUAAAAGAUUAUAGCGUUUC